AUGACUCGGUGUUACUGGCAUUUUAAUUGUUUUUUUGUAAUUUGCUUCACUUCGCUGAAUGCAUAUAAAAUAUUGAUAUUCAACCCACGUUUUGGCAAAAGCCUCGUGCGAUUUAUUGGCAGCAUUGCUGACACACUGGUCGAAGCAGGACACGAUGUGACGCAGUUUUCACCGACAUUGACCUCACUUGCUGAUACAAACGGUUCUCGACUGGCAAAAACGAUAAACGUAGAUUGCGAAAAGCAGCUCAAGGAACUGUUUGAUGUGGAUGCUUUUGUGCAAUAUUCCUGGAAACAGAAGUAUCAAUCUGUUUCUGGUGUUUUUAGUGUAGGUUUGUACGAAUCUUUGCACAAAACAGUUAUAAGCUAUCGUAGUCUGCAGUAUUCAUAUGAAUAA